GGGAGUUGAAGGCGCAGAGGACCUUCGUUUUUAGUCUCUCCUUUCAUUUCUGCUCUGCCUCUACUCUCCGAAAAGCGGCUCUUCUGUUACAGUGUACCUUUUGGAUAAUGAAUAUGGUGUCUCCAACGACGCGACUAUUGAUUUUCUCCUGGUUAAUCUUUCCUCUUUAUGAAGCUGAGAAAAUGAGACAUCGAGGACUCCGUCAGAAGGAUGCGGAAUACAUCGAAAAAUGCACUGACGGCGACUCAGACAAAAAGAACUGCACCAGACAAUCAGAUGAAGCCCAAACUACCCACUAUAAGAUGUAUUCCGGCUGUGUCCAAGGACCUGCGGGCAUGCCAGGCCGAGAGGGGAAUCCAGGUGUGAACGGCAUUCCUGGAACACCAGGCGUGCCGGGCCGCGAUGGGGCAAAGGGCGAGAAGGGCGAGUGUGUGAGCGAAAUCUUCGAGGAGCCCUGGAAGCCCAACUACAAGCAGUGCGCGUGGAAUUCCCUCAACUAUGGCAUUGACCUCGGCAAAAUCGCAGAGUGCACGUUCACCAAGCUGCGCACGGACAGCGCCCUGCGCGUGCUCUUCAGCGGCUCCCUGCGGCUCAAGUGCAAGUCGGCCUGCUGCCAGCGCUGGUACUUCACCUUCAACGGGGCCGAGUGCGCGGGCCCGCUGCCCAUCGAGUCCAUCAUCUACCUGGACCAGGGCAGCCCCGAGUUCAACUCCACCAUCAACAUUCACCGGACAACCGCAGUUGAAGGACUGUGCGAGGGGGUCCGCUCCGGCCUGGUUGAUGUCGCCAUAUGGGUGGGCACCUGCGGCGACUAUCCCCGUGGCGAUGCCUCUACAGGAUGGAACUCCGUUUCCAGGGUGGUCAUCGAGGAACUGCCAAAAUAAACUACCCUUUUUCCACGUUUUUUUACAAUGUGAGAGACCAAAUCAAGCCCUAUGUGUGUGUGUGUAGAAGUUACUUCUACAUAAGGAACGGUUGGUCAGGUACCAAAUAUUAAUGACAGAAUAACACUGCUGUUAUGACAACUGUAAACAUUUUGCCAGGUUUUAUCAAUUGUGUGACGAGUCAGAGAUGACUUAUAAACACAGUAAACUUCUACUGUGAAAGUUCCUUAUUGCAUAAUUGGGCUAUGUUACUAUUCUUGACUUUUAUACACUUCUGUUAAUAAAACAAUUUUUAUAAA